GGUUGCCUUUUUGGAUGUGAUGACAUCCUAGCUUAGAUACUUUACCUGUUCAGGUCAUAUUUUUAAUUGUGUAUUUACCUUUUAAGAUCAGGUAUGGAACAAACUUUGCUUUUGCUUUGUUGUUGAGUCCAUAAACAUGCUUUUUUUUAAAUUUAUUUAUAGUUUCUCUGUUCAGUAGAAAUGAGCCCCUGGUUUGUGAUCUUCUCUCUGUGUUCCAUUGCUUCCCCCUGAAUCCUGGAUCAUUGUUUCUGUCCUUGAUUACGCCUCCCCGUCAGUGGGUAGGUUGUCGCCUCUGUUUUGAGAGGAACGUGAACGAUGCCUCCUGUCAUGUAAAUAUUUGUGGGUCUGCAUUUCUGUCACCAAAAAUGGCAGACAAGUUGAGGAAGCGGAGAGCAGCGAAGAAGCAGAAGGCAGAGCUCGGGGACCCUUCAAAUAAUCAGCAAGACGAGAAACCCAAACAAAGGCUCAGUUUCUCUCAUUCCAACCUCUCCCACAGAGUAGGCAAGACCAAAGAGCUGUCAUGUGACGUCAGGGACCAGAUAGUGGAUCUGCACAAAGCUGGAAUGGGCUACAGGACCAUCAGCAAAAAACUUGGCGUGAAGGUGCCAACUGUUGGUGCAAUUAUUAGAAAAUGGAAGAAGUAUAAAAUGACCGUCAAUCGUCCUCGAUCUGGAGCUCCAUGCAAGAUCUUGCCUGAAGGGAUGAGGAUGAUCAUAAGGAAAGUGGUGGAUCAGCCCACAACAACACGGGAGGAGCUUGUUAAUGACCUGAUGGCAGCUGGGACCACAGUCACCAAGCACACUGUUGGUAACACACUACGCCGUCUUGGCUAUCAGUUUAAGAAAGCAGACUCUCCCACAAGAGCGGACAGUCCGCUCAGCUCAACGUUCAGCAUGUUAGCUAGCAGUCCGGAGAAUUCCCUCUCCUCCUUCUUCCCACCCAGCUCCCGCCACUGGAUCUACGAGGAGAGCCCUGACAGGAAGGUGCUUAAUGAUGAUGAAGAUGAUGAGCACAUAAUGAGUAGUGACAGUUCUGGCCCUGAGGAAGAAAGCGAGGAAAAUAUGAAAGAUGUGGAUCAAAUACCAAACAUGGAGGAAGAGAAACAUUAACCUUCAAGUAAAACCCACAGCAGAAGCAGCAUAAAAGCUUGUGGUCAAUGAAGAUUCUACCUUGUUUUAGGUCUGGUGUUUUACAUGCAUCAGGACCUAAUAGAAAAAUUAUCUGAUCUUCACCAGGUUCUGAAAUAAUCUAACCUGAAGUGCACAAAAACAAAUACUGCAAUGUUUUAUCUUUUAUACAAAGAUAAAGAAAAAUCAAGUGCUGUGUGAAAAACUCAGCACAUCCUAUGAUUUAAUACAACCAACGUUAGCAGCACCAACCUGGAAGUCAUUUGUUCCAUAUGACUUUAUUAGUCUCUCACAUUUUGUGGAGGAAUGUUGGUUGACUUUACAAUCUUACUUCACUUCAUUAUUGAUGUUUGAUUACGGAGCGUUUAUUUAAGGUCCCACCUCAGUAUUUCAGUCAUAUUGAGCUCUGGACUUUGAGCCGUUGCAAUGGUUUGAUUUUUCCCUGUUUCAGUAAUUCUGUUGUUGAUCUAAUGUUGUGUUAGGGAUGUUUCGUUUCAAGGCACACUUUUUGGCCAACCUCUUGGCAAUCCACAGUUGUUUAACUUUUUUUAAAAUUGCACUGUCAUGCACUUUAACAAUUAAUAAGCUAACCGAGGUCUGCAGAGUCUAAAAUGAAGGUUUUAUAUUUCUUUUGUGUUUCCUUUUUUAAAAUUUCUGCCUUAAAUGUUUUCCACUGAGAAAUCUUUUGUACAAUUUGGGAAAUAGGCAAAGAAUAAAAAAUAAAAAUAUAUAUAUACAUAUAGAUAUAUUUAUGAUGUUUGAAUCAUAUCCACCUGCUACUUAUUUCCCUCUGAAAUCCUAUGGCUUCCAUUGAAAGGAUUUACUUGCUUCUCUGCUAUGGCUUCAGUUUUGUUUAAUGAAAAGUUGUGAAGCUAGUUUUAAAUUAUUUUGGAAUCCAAAACAACCAAUGAUUUUAUUAUGCCCUGAUGCAUAAAACCCUAACAUGAAUGAGAGUGAAGGAGUGCCAGUUGUUUCUUUAUGAACAAUCAGCUGUUACCGUUCCAUCUUUCUCAGAUUUUUUUGCGUCAGAUAUCCUAAUAAAAUCUCACCUCAAGAUUCCUCCACAUAUUUGACACUUAAAAUGUCUAAAGGCCACGAUCAACAUGUAACAUUGUGUGUUAUUGUCUACUACUAUGUAAGCAUUUAGCUCUCUGAAUCAUAUCUUAAUUUAGAACUUCUUUUGUUGUACUUUUUAAAAGAAAGAAUAUAUAAAUAUCUGUCUCUUCAUGUGUUAUAUGUUUCUAUUUUCACUUUUAAGAUAAAAAAUGCAAA